AGUUCCAGCUUCAUCACGGAGUUUCUCUCGGUUUGUGGGCUCAUCUAAAGGACCAACGUGGAUCGAGAAGUCAGCGCUCUCAGGAGGCCGACAAUUUUGUUGAAGAAAGAAGUGGAAGAAAAAAAUACAACCGUGACGAGUUUGGGAAAGAUUUUACUGUGAAAGCUUCCCUAAAAAUGCAUCAGGUCAUCCACACCGGAGAGAGACCAUUCAGCUGUGGAGACUGUGGAAAGUCUUUUACCACGUCUGGAAACUUAAAAACACACCAACUAAUCCACACUGGAGAGAGACCGUUCAGCUGUGACGACUGUGGAAAGUCUUUUACCCACUCUCGAAGCUUAAAAACACACCAACUAAUCCACACUGGAGAGAGACCGUUCAGCUGUGGAGACUGUGGAAGGUUUUUUACCAGGUCUGGAAACUUAAAAACACACCAACUAAUCCACACUGGAGAGAGACUGUUCAGCUGUGACGAGUGUGGAAAGUCUUUUACCCACUCUCGAAGCUUAAAAACACACCAACUAAUCCACACUGGAGAGAGACCGUUCAGCUGUGGAGACUGUGGAAAGUCUUUUACCGAGUCUGAAAGCUUAAAAACACACAAACUCAUCCACACUGGAGAGAGACCGUUCAGCUGUGGAGACUGUGGAAAGUCUUUUACCACGUCUGGAAGCUUAAAGACACACCAACUCAUCCACAGUGGAGAGAGACCGUUCAGCUGUGGAGACUGUGGAAAGUCUUUUACCACGUCUGGAAGCUUAAAAACACACCAACUCAUCCACAGUGGAGAGAGACCAUUCAUCUGUGACAAGUGUGGAAAGUCUUUUACGCACAUUUCAAACUUAAAAUCACAUCAACUCCUCCACAGUGGAGUUAAAGCGUACACCUGUGAUCAGUGUGGCAGAGCUUUUACUCACAGUAACAGCUUACAGAGUCAUCUAGUUACCCACUCUGGAAUUAAGGCGUACAGCUGUGACGUCUGUGGAAAAACUUUCAGCCGGAUAGGGAGCCGAAAUACACACCUACGCAUUCACACCAGACAUGAUGUGUACAGCUGUGAUCAGUGUGGUAAACAGUUUACUACAAACACAGAGUUACGACGUCACAUGUUUACCCACACUGAGGAACGACCUUAUAAAUGUGACCUGUGUGAGAAGACUUUUAAAUCUCCAUGUUACCUGAAAACACACCAACAGAUCCACACCAGAAAGACUCUACAAGUGCAGUUACUGUGAGCAGAGCGACACAGAUGGAUCAAGUUCUCAACCCUGUCAUCGCUGUGGGAAAGACUUUUGUUGUGACCUUUGUGGAAAAACUUUAAGUCAUUGAAGGACUCUGAAAAUACAUCAACGUAGACACACUGGAGACAAAAUGAACUACUGUAAAGAAUGCGGGAGAGGCUUCACCACUUCAAAGGACUUCAAACAAUAUGAACUCCUUCACAGUGGC